AUGCAGCAAGUUUAUGUGCCUAAGAAGGUUGAAGCUCUCGCCGUUCCCCCACCAAGAGCUAGGCCUCGAUCGGUCAUCACAAUCGGCUCCAUGGAAGCUCCCGUCAUUAAUCAUGAUGGGCCGAUUGUAAUUGAAGAAGUUUCAGCAUCUAAGCAAGAUGAAGCUCCCAAAGAUGUUGCUGGAAUUGAAGAAAAGAAGCGCGCCGAAGGAGAUUCCAAGUAUUGGCAACCCAUAUGGUGUCCUCGUGGGUUGAACAAGACUCAGCGGCGCAAAUUGCAGUGUGCCUGGCAUAAGCAACAGAAGAGGGAGAAGCUUGCCAAGAUGGAGAAUGAAAUCCUCAACCCCGUACAUGUUGAAAUCCCUCCGGAAGGUCAAAACGCCGGUCGUGGUCCUGUAGAUGAAUUCCCGUACAUGGACUUGCCUCAACACUUCAACCCCUACAAAGCAUUUUCUUCAACAGUUACAAGCAAUUUAGUUUUGCUAAUGAAGCAAUUUUAG